AUGAGCCCCACGUCGCCUCGGCAGCCCGGCCUCGGCGCCGGCGGGGCGCGCCAGCAGGCCGCCACCCCGAUGCCGUUCAAGCAGCGCCCGGCGCCGAGGCCGAAGCAGCAGCAGCCGGUCAUCAUCUACACGACCUCCCCCAAGGUGAUCCGCACAAGCCCGCGCGACUUCAUGUCCAUCGUGCAGAAGCUCACCGGCCAGGAGAGCGCCGCGGCCGCCGCCGGAUCGGCCGUCACCGGCGGUGCCGCGCAGGACGAGUCCUCCUCCUCGUCCACCGAGAGCUGCGCCAACGCGAACGCUCACGCGGGUGCCGCGCCGGCGCCGCAUCCCGGCCACUACAUGGCCGACCCGCCGCAGCUGAUGCCGCCGCCGGCGUCGAUGGAUCACGCGCACUUCAUGCCGGACAUCCCGCUCUUCGCGCCCACCGGCGGCCCGGAGCACCUGCUCUGCGCGUCCAGGGGCGGCCUCUACGGCCACUUCCAGCCGGCGAUGGUCGACGGCGGGGCCAACAUGCACGACGCCGCCGGGGCGGUGUACUCCUCGUCGAUGGUGGAGGCGAUGAGGACGACGUUCCCGGAUUACCAGUUAACUUAA